AUUAUGUGGUGCCCAUGCAUCGGUUUGGCAUGGAGAUUCUCUCAAUCACCUCUCAUCGUGAAAACUAUAUAACGACCAAAGCCUCAAGCCUCGAUGGAUUAUUGUCCUCUCCUUCACCAUGUUUUCUACAGCUCCUCCUCUACACUCCCAAUGGGCUGCCUGUAAUCCCACUGUCUUGCCUCCAACUUUUCACAAUGCUCGCUACGCAGGGUGGCCCCACCCCCCAAUGCAGCUUCCCCAUAUCACAUCACCUCUGUUAACUGAACAGCAUGAUAUUGAUGUGGCAAAUAAUUUUCCCUCGCAUUAUACCCAGGUGAACGCUUCCCAUAGUACCCAAUCUUCGAGUUAUCCUAUCCAUCCCCAGUAUGAACCUCCCUCCCCCAUAAAUUUGGGGGUACAAGCAUCUGCGAAUAUGACGGGUUCCGUCGAUCGCAAUUCAUGGCCAUGGAAUGACGCUCGCACUCCAUUCGUCGAUAUGCCCACAAUGACUCGACAUGAUAUAGAGGACAUGCAGCUCAUAUAUGACCACUCUGUGCCACGAACAAUGUCAUCAAACGUCAACGAAACACAAAAUGGUAUGUCUCAGACACAACUUAUGAUCCCCGUCGUUCCUCAUACCUCUUAUGCAGCCCAUCCCCAUCCACUUCUCUCGAUGUCAUCCAUGCCAUUCACAUACGACCUGCGCUUCCCGCCUAUCUCUCUCGUUUUUCCAUCGUCGUCUCCAUAUGCAGGCUGCGGGUACGAGCUACUCUUCGUCCCACUCACCCCACAACGGCCUAGACAGAUACGCCUCAUCAGCCCAGACUUUCCUUGGGCAUUCGACGUCAAUCCUGACCCCAGUGCCGGAGCAGAGGGCGUGACAUGUCUUGACGUUCUCGCUACCCUGCAUGCCGCAUUGCAGCGCCCACUCACGGACACAGAGUGGGCCACCGCUGAACGCGAUAGACGUGCGAGUAUUAUCAGAGCGCGUGAUCAUCGUCCGAUGAUACAGCCUGCAUUGCAGGGAAGCUCGAAUUCUGCAGCACGUACUAGGCUAACGGUGAGGUCUGCAUUCGACGCAUCAGCGUCAAACAACAGGCCCGCGCAGCGAGAGAGGUUACUGCUCCGUGUUGAUUGGCUCGGGUCUCGUGUUGCGUUUGCGGGGCUUAUCAAGGAUGAAGCAUUUGCAAGGAGCAGACUCAUUCCGGGUAGUGAGGAGCCACCUGAGACUUGGGUGGUGAAGUUUCAGAGGUUAUGAUUUCGAGCGUUUUGAAAAAGUGUACAAACAUCUUUACUAGCUAUUUGUAUCGAUAUUUUAUGAAGUUGUCGUCAACUUUCGUGUCAUGUGUUGCCUUGUCAGCGUUGAGUAGGCUUUGUCGAGAGGCAUGUGGAGACACCAGGGAUCGAUCGGCGGUGCCGACGUUGACCUUGCUUGUUCAACCAAAUAUUUAUUCGCUGCUGAUUGGUUGCGCACGCUUCUCAGGUUUAUGACAAAGUGGCAUGAUUUCGUCGUAUCCCCCGAAAUGGCCUAGAUUGAAGCGGUGACGGUCGAAGCAAAAGACUUUUGGGGAGGACAUGUGCAUGCGCGUUUGAGAGGGCAGCUUACAUAGUAAAAAUCGUCAUCCUGAAUUCACAUCAUGCGUAGAUAUUACGAUUUGCGAUGAUACCAUUGGCUGAGUUUGGGG